AUGAAAAAAGCUGAGUAUCCGGAUGAAGAAGUCUUUGAUAUUCACACGAACAGAGUCACUCCUGAAGUCUCACAAUUUUUGCAACAUACAGAUGGAGACCAUGAGAAAACUAAGUUUAUCAGUCCUAAAGGCGAUAAAUCGCCAUCUAUCAACUGAGAAGGGGAUUCUGUAACCAAAAGAAAUUCUGAUGAGAGGUUUAUUGACUUUAAGAAUAUUAAUAUACAUCCUCGAUUCGACUCUUCUUUAUUUGAAAUCUAUCAAAAAAUCGUGAAAUCUAAUUAGGAAACGAUAAAGGAUGCUCCUAUUGAAUAUUAUGAAUCAAUAUUAUAUGAUUUAUGCAGGCGUUUCAAUGUGGAAUUAUUUUCAAAUCAAUUGACAACUAAAUCCCCUAUCUUUGCUAUUAAUUGAUUUAUAACUUAAAAAAUAUUAAAAAAAAAAAUUUUAAUUUUUCAAAAGUUUUAUUUAUAUUAAAUGCUCUUGGUUCAUAUGAUUUAAAAUACUAUGAGUAGGCAAAAUUUAUAAAAUAAGUAAAUAAUUUCAAUUAAAAGCAUUGAAAAUAUUAAUAAGCAUCAGUUGAGACAUAACUGUUAAGUUUUUAUGUGAAUUGUAAUAAUUAUAAAAAUGUAAAAAAUGACAUUCCAAAUAUUGUCUAUAAAUUAUUCUGAAUUCAUUUGUAUUUAAAAUAAAUUAUAUUUGAAAGAUUGAUUAAAAAGAUAAUAUAUAUAAUUUUAUUUAAAAGGCUCGAAGAUAUUAUAACCAUCAUAAAUUGGAGUUAGAAUCAAUUUUUAUCGUCCCUUGUGCCUUUUUGGACACAAGUAUACAGCCAUUACUGGGGGCCAGUUUCCUAUUUUCCAAGUUUGGGAUACGAAGCUGUCAGAAUGGGCUGUAUAGCUCAUACCCCUUUAUAGAUUUCUUUAUCGAGCAAAAUGUACUGGACUAUUGAACGACCAAGAAAGACUCUAUUAAAUGAACGGGCUGAUAUCUAUAUUAGGAAGUGCUAAAAAGUGACAUGUCAAAAAAUGGUAACAAGUGUGAAAAAAAGUUGACAAGUGAACGCGCCAAUUUUUAAAAUGGGAUUUAUUAUUAAAAUAAUUUAAAACUUAAGAUACCCCAAUAAGACUGUAAUUGAUUAAUAACUUAAAAUCUUAUUUUAAAGGUCUUAUAAAUUAAUGAUAAUUAUAAUAAUGAAGACUAGAGCUUUAAUUUGCAAAGUGCGUGCGUUGCAAAUGUCAAUAUAUAUAUAAGUUUUAUCGACUCAUAUGAUGAGUGUUUAGCAAAAGUUAAAUAUUUGAAAUUUUUUGAAUAUUUUAUUUUUUAAUCAAUGCUUAAUUUUGCUAAGUACUUCUCAUAUGAGUCGAUAAGAACUUCGUAUAUAUUUAUAUAUUGAGAAUCACAAGCCACGCACUUUGCAAAUUAUAGCUCUAGUCUUCAUAAAUAAAUUAGCAUUAAAAUAAAGAGAUUCUAUCGUGCCGGAAAAAUGCACAUUGAGUUGCAAGUUUUUGAUUUUCACUUAUAAGCCAUAUUGAAUUUUUGCUAAAUAUUUCUCAUAUGAGUCGAUAAGAACUUUCAUAUAUUGAGAUACACAAGCCACGCACUUUGCAAAUUAUAGCUCUAGUCUACAUAUAUAAAUUAGCAUUAAAAUAAAGAAAUUCUAUCGUGACGGAAAAGUGCACAUCGAGUUUCAAGUUUUCAAUUUUUAAGGCUAUUAUUAAAUUUAAAUAUAUUAAUCAAAAUAUUUAAAGCCAAUAUAUAAUGUGUAAUUAUUAUCCUCAUAAUAAUAAUAAAAUGGCUCAGUGCGGAAUUAGUUCUCUCCGAGAACUAUUCCUUCCCUCGCUUUUAUUAUUAUGGGGUUCAGUUUCCACGUGGCCUUUUAUCAGCAAUACCAAUAUGGAAUACCGCAUAGGGUAUUUCUUUGGUCCAAGAUAAUAAGCUCCACCUGGGUUUGCUGCUUGACACACCCGAGGAGGGUGACCCUUAGGCGGAACACGCGCAGGAGUCGAGUUCGGGCGAGGCAACGCUGCCGGUGCGGGAUUUCUGGCCCUGCUGGGGCGGAACUUUAUAGACGGCCAGAUCGGGCUAACCGGUCCCAGGAGUGCUUGGUGACGUCACCAGUUGGGAGUCAAAAGGAUGGGCUUAAGCAUGCCUAAAUCAUCCUGCUGAAGAAAUCAAAACACCUUAAAUACCUAAGUAAGUAAGUAAUUAUUAUCUUCAGUCUAAUUGGUUAUCUUAAGUUUUAAAUUAUUUUAAUAAUAAAUCCAUUUUAAAAAUUGGCGCGUUUACUUGUCAACUUUUUUUCACACUUGUCACCAUUUUUUGAUAUGCCACUUUAUAGCACUUCCUGAUAUAGAUAUCAAGCCCUUUCCUUUAAUAGAGUCUUUCUUGGUCGUUCAAUAGUCUAGUACAUUUUGCUCGAUAAAGAAAUCUAUAAAGGGAUAUAAGCUAUAUAUUUUUGCCCAAAAAGGCACAAGGGACGAUAGUUUUUUUAGACUUGAAAAAAUAUUAGAAAUAUGCUUUUUUUAAAUCUAGUUAGACGGAAAAAUUUAGGAAAGAAAUGUGAGUUUUGUUCUUAUAAAAUGCAGUGAGUAGUAAGUGUGUAGAGAUAUUCCAUCACAUUUAUAGGUUAAAAUCUGAAGAAUGUGACUUAUCAACGGUUGAAUUAAAUCAAUUGAAUCAUCAUUUUGAAGAUGUGCUGAACGCUCACCCAAAAGCUUUGCAGGAAUAUGAACUAUUCAAAGACACCCUAAAUUUAAUUUCAGCGCUCGGAAUUAAAUGAGGGGUUGUUAAUCUCAAUAAUUUUUCAUAUAGAUUGACUGGGAGAUCAUUAAAUAUCAAAUUACUUGAUUUACAAGAAUUGAACUCAAACGUAUUUACUUGCGAAGCCAUAUGAAUCGCUACGAUGGUAAAACAAGAGCCAUUUCUAAGAAUUGCAGACGAUCAAAUCGUUCAACUAUCUUUAUUACUCAUUCAGAUUACAACAAAAUUAAUAAACUCAUUGCUAUCACUUAAUCAGAAUAUUGAUUUUAAUAAUGUAGCAAGUAUUGCUGGCCUUGUUACUUCCAAAAACCCCAAAGCAGUCAAGUUUACUGGAAUUGAGCCUGACUUUCAAGCUGAUGUUGUUCCUUACCAAAGAUUGAAACUGAAAAGAGGAAUUCUCAGCUUUUGUAAUAAAGACCAAGAUCUAAAAGCUGCGAGGGAAAUAAAAAGUUUGAUAGAAGAUUUUGAGAGUGUAUAUAGACAAUUUGAGCAAACCUUAAUGAUAAACAUCCUGAUUAUGUCGAAGAACACAAAAGAUGUUGCUUAA